AUUACAGUAACAGCAACGAAGCUGAGGAAGGAAGAAACAAUGAGUAGCAGAGCUAUACUUUUCUCUUUCUCUCUUCCUUCUCCUUCACCUUCUUCGUCACCACUAUCACGCUCCAGAAACCAUCCCAACCAUCCACCUUCUCCCUUUCCAUUGCAACUGCUGUCCCGCCGUAGGGGAAGAGGAAAGGUAUGGGCAGAUGUUAAGUCCGAGAAGCACGUGCCGGAACCUUCCACCAAGUACCAAGAUCUCUCCCUUCACAACAAAGUAGCACGUGCAGGUUUGGAUGGUGAUGAUGAUGUGGAAGAGGAAGCAAUAAUAGGCUCUUCACCGUGGUGGCAAGUUUUCCCCAAAAGAUGGGUCAUUGUCAUUCUUUGCUUCUCCGCUUUUCUUCUAUGCAACAUGGAUAGAGUAAAUAUGAGCAUUGCUAUACUUCCAAUGUCAGCAGAGUACAACUGGAACCCCACCACUGUAGGUUUAGUACAGUCUUCUUUCUUUUGGGGAUACCUCCUAACUCAGAUUGCUGGUGGUAUAUGGGCGGACACAGUCGGAGGAAAACAGGUUUUGGGAUUUGGCGUGAUUUGGUGGUCCGUUGCCACAAUCCUCACUCCUGUAGCUGCCAAACUUGGGUUACCUUUCUUACUUGUUGCCCGUGCGUUCAUGGGAAUUGGGGAGGGGGUUGCUAUGCCGGCCAUGAACAAUAUUCUAUCAAAAUGGGUUCCAGUGGCAGAGAGAAGUAGAUCAUUAGCUCUGGUCUACAGUGGCAUGUACCUUGGAUCAGUGACUGGAUUGGCCUUUUCGCCUUUCCUAAUUCAUCAGUAUGGAUGGCCAUCAGUGUUUUACUCCUUUGGUUCUCUAGGGACAGUUUGGUUUUCUAUAUGGCUUAGUAAGGCACAUAGUUCACCACUUGAUGAUCCUGAACUGCGGCCAGAAGAAAAGAAAUUGAUCGCUACAAACGGUUUUUCCAAGGAACCUGUGAAAGCAAUACCUUGGAAAUUAAUUUUGUCGAAACCACCAGUGUGGGCCCUGAUAGUGUCCCACUUUUGCCACAAUUGGGGAACUUUCAUUCUUCUUACAUGGAUGCCAACAUACUAUAACCAAGUCUUGAAGUUCAACCUUACAGAAUCUGGAUUAUUUUGUGUUUUGCCGUGGCUUACAAUGGCAAUUUCUGCAAAUUUUGGUGGUUGGAUUGCAGACACUCUUGUGACCCGAGGUGUACCUGUUACAAGGGUCCGCAAGAUAAUGCAAACAGUUGGGUUUCUUGGACCUGCUUUCUUCUUAACUCAAUUGAGCCACAUCAAUUCUCCUGUGAUGGCUGUUUUGUGUAUGACUUGCAGUCAGGGAACUGAUGCAUUCUCUCAGUCUGGAUUAUAUUCAAACCAUCAAGAUAUAGCUCCUCGAUAUUCUGGGAUAUUGCUCGGUCUAUCUAAUACCGCCGGAGUACUUGCUGGUGUCCUUGGAACAGCAGCAACAGGUUACAUUCUGCAGCAUGGCUCAUGGGAUGAUGUUUUCAAGGUUUCAGUUGGGCUGUAUUUGGUCGGAACCGUGGUGUUUAACCUUUUUGCGACUGGUGAAAAAAUCGUGGAUUAACAUACUGUUACUGAUAAUUGAUACUUUGUCAUGUAACACGUAUAGAUACAUCUUGAGUACUUUCUCACAGAGGGAGGACUACAAGAAGAGAAAGAGGUUCAAUUACAAGGCAACUCUUUUAUCAGAACUUUAUGCCCGACAAAAUGGUAAAUUUUGUGAAUAGAGCAUUGCAUAGAUCAGAGGGAUGACAGAUGUCCUUGUUGACCUUGAAAGAUAGAUUGGAUUAGCAUUAUUUAAUCCAUGAUGUAUCAUCUCAUGUAUUUUUGUCCCAUAUUUGGUGGGAAGUUCAUAGUGAUUUCUUAAUUAACAUCAUAUACGUGUAAAUAUAAAUUUCCAAACCAACACAUCAAUUUUGUGAUAAUGAAUCAAGAAAAGUAGUCUGUGGAGUAGUAUUUUUCAUCAA